AUGCUGUGUGCUAUCUCUGGAGAGGCUCCUCAAGUGCCUGUCGUCUCUCCCAAGAGCGGCAGUUUAUUCGAGAAGCGCCUGAUUGAAGCAUACAUUGCUGAGAACGGCAAAGACCCUGUGAAUGGCGAAGAGCUUGCCGCCGACGAACUUAUCGAAAUCAAGACCCAGCGCGUCGUUCGACCCCGACCCCCCACCCUUACCUCCAUUCCCUCCCUUCUCAGCGUCUUCCAGGAGGAAUGGGAUGCGACAGUCCUUGAAACGUACACACUCCAGCAGAACUUAGCCCAGACCCGCCGCGAACUCAGCACUGCGCUCUACCAACAUGACGCCGCCGUGCGCGUGAUUGCGCGCCUCACCAAGGAGCGCGAUGAGGCUCGCGAUGCUUCGGUGCUGGAGCGGGUGGAAACCACACAGGCUACGCUUGCCAAGGGUCGCCGUAAGCGUCCAAUUCCCGAAGGUUGGCCUACCGGCGAUGCUAUCUCCGAAUACAAGCCUGUUGAAUCAUCCGAGCCUCUGUACCCUGGCGGUCAUACCUUGGCUGUGAACAACACAGGAGAGUUGGCUCUGGUUGGUGGGCCUGACGGAUUGGCUGGCGUUUAUUCUCUGCCCCAAAAAUCAGUGGUGCAGACCCUUAAGAUCGAUGGGGCUGUCACUGAUGCUCUCUGGGCUGGUGAUAAGGCUGUGAUUGGUUCAGCUACUGGAUCGGUGAAGGUCUUCGAGAAUGGCAAUGAGGUAGUAAGUUUUAGCUCCCAUGCUGGCGAAGUUACAGCUGUCGCUCUGCAUGCCACAGGCGAUAUCAUUGCUUCGGUUGGUGUGGACAAGAGUUACGUGCUUUAUGACCUCUCCCAGAACCGGGUGAUCACCCAGAUCUUUACUGAUUCUGCUUUGUUGUCGGUGAACAUUCACCCAGAUGGCCACCUUCUGGCUGCUGGUGGUGCUGAUGGACAGAUUAAGGUCUUUGACAUCAAGACUGGUGCUGGUGCGGCAGACUUCACCAUGUCAAGUCCAGUCCGAAGUCUCGUCUUCUCCGAAAAUGGUACUUUCUUGGCAGCUGCCACUGCUAACUCGACUACUGUGUCUAUCUGGGACCUUCGCAACGGCAAAGAGACCAAGGUUCUUGACAUUGGUGGUCAGGUCAACUCCAUCUGCUGGGACUACACCGGACAGUUCCUUUUGACUGGUGGACCUACUGGUGUCACUGUCCAGCAGUUCAACAAGUCGGCAAAGGAGUGGAGCGAGCCUUUGAGGAGUGCUGUCCCGGCUGUGGCCGUAUCCUGGGGCUCUGCGGCUCAGAGCAUUGUGGCCUUGAAUGAGGGGGAGCACUCAUGGGCAGGAAAUUUACCCGUCUUCUUCACUAACAGUUACCGGUGCACAUUCAUUACAUUCAGUAAAUUCACCUAG